AUGACGAAAAGGUCUCCUCACGCGAUGACUGUUGUCAUCAAGCUUGGCACAAGCUCUAUUGUGGACGAGAAGACACAUGAACCCCUUUUGCCCAUCUUGACCCUGAUUGUCGACACGGCAGUCAAGCUCCGCAAGAGCGGACACCGAGUCGUGCUGGUGUCCUCGGGUGCCAUUGGCGUCGGCUUGCGCCGUAUGGACGUCGAUCACAGGCCUAAGCAUCUCUCUCAACUGCAGGCCCUAGCCGCAAUUGGACAAUGUCGUCUGAUGAGCUUGUGGGAUGGCCUCUUCCAACAUCUAGAGCAGCCAAUUGCUCAGAUUCUUCUGACAAAGAAUGAUAUCGCCGACCGCACGAGGUAUCUCAAUGCUCAGAACACCUUCAACUCGCUUCUCGACAUGGGCGUCAUUCCCAUUGUCAACGAGAACGACACCCUGGCUGUGUCUGAAAUCAAGUUCGGUGACAACGACACCCUGUCGGCCAUCACCGCGGCGAUGAUUCACGCCGACCACCUCUUCCUCAUGACUGAUGUCGACUGCCUUUACGACAAGAACCCUCGCUCGAACCCUGAUGCCAAGCCCAUUGAGGUUGUCGAGGACAUUGCCGACGUCGUCGCCGAUGUGUCCAGUGCUGGCUCGUCAGUAGGCACUGGUGGUAUGGGCACCAAGCUCAUUGCUGCCAGGCUCGGAACGUCGGCCGGCGUGACCGUCAUCAUUACCAGGUCCUCCAACCCCGGCAACAUUCUCAACAUUGUCAACUAUCUUACCAUCCAGUCGCGAGCCGGCACACCAGACGAUGAGGUCGAUGAGCUGUCUCUCAUCGCCAGCUCUACGUCCCUGAACCUCAUGGCACCGUCCGGCGCAUCUGACGGGCCGCCCCUUCACACACGCUUCCUUCCCUCAUCAGAGCCCAUCCGCGAUCGUCACUUCUGGUUGCUACACACGCUCAACCCUCAUGGCACCAUCUACAUUGACCAAGGCGCCUACCGCGCCUUGGUCAACAAGGCUGGUCUUCUCCCCGUCGGUGUCGUCGACGUUGAGGGCAACUUUGCAUCCCAUGAGCCCGUUCGCAUUGUGGUGGUCAACAGAUUGCCUACACCCGGACCUGACGGCAAGAUGCGCGGUGAGCUUGAGGAAGAGGUUGGCCGUGCCAUUGUCAACUAUGCCUCCGCUGAGAUCACUCGAAUCAUGGGUCAUCAGAGUCAUGACAUCGAGGAGUGUCUUGGCUAUGCCGACAGCGAGUACGUUGCAAACAGGCAACAUGUUGUCUUCUUCCGCAAAGACAGCAGACCACCCACGCCUGUGCAGACACCUGCGCAGACGCCUGCCAUUACCCCUGGGCAGACCCCCCUCCAGACUCCUGGAGCUUGA